AUGGCCUGGCGAGGAGCGCAUUCUCUCUACAGACCACCAUUGACCACGCUGCGACCUUCGCGCGGGUCCUCUCGCCGCUUGCUGUCGACUCCCGCCCGGCUCUCCCCUUCGACGAUCACUCCGGCGGUCCAAGGACUCUUUCUCGUCGCGGGCGCAGCAGUCGGGGCGGGAGCAGGGUCGUACGGGACGAGGACGUUCUGGUCGAGGUCUCUGAGGUGCGAGGAGGGCAAGCGGAGCUCGUCAACCGACGCAAGGUCCUCCCGAAACGACGACGACGACUCUGGCAUCCUCGACAAGCUCAAAUCCUUCAGCCCGCCGUCCUUGCCAUCCGCACCGUCAAUAUCCAUCCCGUCCAUCAGUCUGCCUGAUAUCGGCGGCACCCUUUCGACAUGGACAGAAUCCCUCUCCUCCCUCACGACCACCUUCUCGAAGCUGCAAGACGAGCUCUCGCUCGGCCCGAACUCGACCUACUCGCGCAUCGUCCAGGAGGGCAAGGACCCGAGCAUUCACCCGGAGUUGCAGUGGGACGCGACGGUACGGACGGGCCAGGACUUGCCGCACACGGAGCGGGCUUUCUUGCGGAACAGGCGGGAUAAGAUGCGGGCGGCGUUUGCCCGGUUGAUGGACGUUCCGCUCGAGGAAGUCGACGUGCGGGACUUGCCGGUCGUCGCGGUCGCAGCGAGCGGAGGAGGCUACCGAGCCAUGCUCAACACGGCUGCGUCGCUUCAGGCGGCCAAGGAGACGGGCAUCUGGGACACCUUGACCUAUGCGUCGGGCGUCAGCGGCUCCUGCUGGGCGCUCAACACGCUCUACACACUCGGCGGCGGCCAAAUCGACUGGACGCUGCGACACCUCCGCGAGCGAGUCAAAGAACCGUUCCUCGCGCCCGACACGUUCAUCAACCUCCUCGACUUUGACGAUCUCGCCAGCCGGACAAUCAUCAGUGCGGCGAUCUUGAAGGAGGCGAUUCAGGGUGGCGAGGUGUCACUUGUAGAUGCCUACGGGACGCUCGUCUCGACCAGGUUGUACGUCCCGAGCGAGCAGGACGAUCUCCCUCCACCGCCUCGCCCCCUCACCCUCCGCACACUCAAGACCUCCUCUCAACGCGACAUCCUCGAAGACGGUUCCUCCCCUCUACCCAUAUACACGACCGUUCGACACGACCUCCCCUCUCCCGAAGAGCUCGAAAAGGCCGAGAAGGAAGGCGGCGAGUCCGCUUCAGAGACGGUCAAGAAGGCCCGGUGGACUUGGUUCGAGACGACCUGCUACGAGGUUGGGAGCGACAAGCUCGGCGCAUGGAUCCCGACUUGGGCGCUUGGCAGGCUGUUUGACGGUGGGAAGAGCACCGAGCGCGUACCGGAGCUGGGCGUGCCGGUCCUUUCGGGGAUAUAUGCGAGCGCGUUCUGCGCGACCCUCUUCUCGUACUUCCUCGAAGUCAAGCCGCUGCUCAUCAGCCUGCCUUUCUUCGGGGCCAUCGAUGACUUUGUCAAGAAGAACGCCCACAAGCUCGACUCGAUCCACCCUCUCCCGCCCGCCGAACUCCCCAACUUCCUAUACAGCCUCCCCGGCUCUCUCCCACCCUCCGUCCCCUCCUCAAUCGUCAAAGAAAAGACCCUCGGAUUCGCCGACGCCGGCGUCGAGCUCAACAUCCCCUAUGUCCCCCUGAUGCGUCGCAGCGUAGACGUGAUCAUCGCGCUCGACGCAUCGGCCGAUAACCACGAGACCUGGUUCGCGCGAGCGGCAGAGUAUGCCAAGCAGUACAGCGAGAAGGCGCAGAGUCGUUUCGCUUGGCCUGAGGUGGAUGUCAAGGCGAUCUUUCCGGGAGCAGAGGAGGGAGAGAUGAAGGAGAAGGAGAAGAGUCGGGACGAUGCGGCGACGAAGGUCGAUCAGGCCAAGGCGCAGGAGCGGGUCACGGCUAGCAAGACGGCUCACGAGCGUGAAGGCGUCGAGACGAAGAACCCGGAGCCGGUCCCGACGGGCAGUGCGCCGCAGAGUCGCGAAGCAGCGACGAAGGGGAAGGUGGACGAGAAGGGGGUGCCGGUCGAGGCGGACGACAAGCCGAUGCCGGAGAGUCAGGGUGCGAAGGAGCCGCCGUUGGGCAAGUGCAGCAUUUGGAUCGGUUCGACCUCGCGGUCGCAAGCAGCGACCUGCCGCAACGACAAUCCGACAGUCGACGACGUCCUUGCGCGCGACGGAAUCGCGCUCGCCUACAUCCCGCUUUCUCCCGACGAGACGUUCCCCAACCCGCUCGAGGUGUUCUCGACAUGGAAGUUUGACUAUACGGAGGAGGAGACGGACAAGCUGAUCCGCCUUGCAAAGGCGAACUUCACGGCAGGCGAGCAGCAGCUCAAGACGCUGAUCAAGGGCGUGUGGCUGCGGAAGCGGAAGCAGCGGUUGGGGGACGAGGCAGCGGGGCGGGCGCCGCAGGCGUAG